AUUCCUUAUUCCUAUGAAAGAAGAAGAAAACGUCAGGAAAAACGUCUAGGCUUUAGACUUAGAGUGACUUGUCAGUUUGAAUUCUCGAGUUAACUAUAAAGCAUUUAAUACUCAUAAUCAAAAACCACUGCACAAAGCAACAGACAGUUUUAAGAUGGGAGAAGGCGAGGGAGUCACUCCAGCCUACAUGCAGCUGGCCCACUGGCGGUUCGCCCUGAGGCUGCCAGAGUAUCAAGGGGACAAGGAGUUAAGGGACAAGCUGAUGACAGGGAUCAAGCAAGGCAACAUGGCACCGUACUACAAGGAAGUGUGUGCAGACCUGGGCUGGGAGUUCAAUAGUUCCCUGUUUGACGAGAUGGUGGCAGCUAAUGUCAAGCGGCUGGAGGAACUGGAGAAGGAACAUGAGAACAAUGUAUUGGAUGAGGAGGACCAAAGUCAACUAUGCGGUGUCUGGCAAAGCAAGCUGGACUACUUGUGUUCUAUCGGCGACAGCGAGGCCGCAACGUCCUUGGCUACUUCUAAAAUAGAAGACAAGACGGUGCCGAAGAGCCAUAGGAUUGAUGCUGUCUUCUCGCUCUUCCGAGUGUCUUUCUUCCACGGCUGCAAUAUCAAGGGCAUGAGUUCAGCCAUUGAGAAGGCCACAGAGUUGAUUGAGGGCAUAAGCGGAGGUGACUGGAGUGCACGUAACAAGCUGAAAGCGUAUGAAGGUGUUUGGAGCCUAGCCAUCAGGGAUUUCACUCGGGCAGCCCACCUCUUUGUGGAUGUUGUACCAACAUUUGAGUCUUACGAGUUGGCAGACUUUGGCACAAUCAUUCGAUACACCGUGCUCGCCUGCAUGAUUGCUCUACCACGUUGUGACCUCCGCAAAAAACUUAUGCACCAUGGCGUAAUGGCACAGGCAUUGCAUUCACAAUAUCAGGAUCUGCGUGAGUACUUUGUGUCACUGUACGAUGGCCGCUACUCUGACUUCUUAGUGUGUUUGGCUCGUAUAGAAGUGGAGAUGAAACGAGACCCUCUCCUCCACCCUCACUACCGACAUUACGUGCAGGAGAUGAGACUUAGGGCGUACAAGCAGAUCCUACAAGCCUACCGUUCUCUCAGCUUGGAGUACAUGGCAAACUCAUUUGGCGUAACAACAGAGUUUGUGGAACGAGAGGUGGCAAGGUUCGCUGCAGCCGGUAGGCUCCAAUGUAAGAUUGACUCGGUGGCCGGCACUGUCAUCACGAGUGCCCAUCUCGGUGACGACUCAGUGCGCAGCAAGGAGGCCCCUGAGGCCAGCCUGGACCGCAACAUCCUCUAUCAGACCACAGUUAAGCGUGGCGACAUCCUACUUAACCGCCUCAAGAAACUUGCCAGAGUCAUGGACUUCUAGUGGUCAUUUCUAAAUGCAUUCUUAACUUAUAGUUUGAUCAAUUAAAAUUUUGUUAUAAAUUCUAACCAA